AUGGUCGGCCAGUACGCUACUGCUGUUCCUGUUGGGAAGGUUCUUGACACGUAUGGGCCUUGGAGCUGUUCGUCUCUGGCCUCUAUCAUGUUCUCGGUGGGAUACGGCCUAUUUGCAUGGCAAUAUUCAAGAACCAAGGAAGAUAUCACGUUGACACAGCCGUCUUCGACUGCACUCCCAGUUCUCAUUCUGUGUUUCAGUUUUCUUGGUAUAGGAACAGUGUUUUCCUAUUUCUCAAUGCUGUUUUCAGCUACAAGGACAUUCGAACAUUGCAUGGGAUUCGCGUCUGGUACCAGUCUCGCGAUAUUCGGCAUGUCACCCCUGUUUUUGUCUUUGGUCGCCACGAAGUACUUCGCUGAUUCCGAUGCCGGGGUUAAAGUGGUCCCUUUCUUUGUUUUUAUGUCAAUUCUGACGGGGACCGUUAAUUUCUUUGGCGGGCUUAUCCUUCCCGGUCCGCCUAAGGAGGGCAUACCCACCGAGAUAACUUCCGAUGAGCAUCUUGUUGGAUUUGACGAAGUCAGAUACAUGGAUGCGGAUGAAACCCGCUCUCUGCUCCACGGCCCACCUUCCGGAAAAUCCGUCGCCGGCGCGGCUAUAAUCCCUGUCCAAGAGCCGAAGCGCUUGUCAUCUGCAGGUCUUCUAGGGGACCCGAGCUUCUGGAUUUUGGCAUCUGCAGUGUCAUUACUCGUGGGCGCGGCUGAGAUGAUCAAGUCUAACAUUGGAUUAAUUGUUCUUUCAUUGCCUGCGACGUCCUCCGCCCAGAACAUCUCUGUCCAAGUACAGCUGAUCGCUGUAUGCGACACGAUCACGCGUCUUCUCAUAGGACCUCUUGCGGAUGUCACAUCUCCUGUUGCCCUCUACUCAUCUGAUGGCGUGUGGUCAUUCCCUCGCAAGCCCUAUUUCACCCGUGUCUGGUUCUUUGCUAGCGCGGCUGUCCUGUAUGUUGCCGCAUUUAUAUGGCCCGUCGUGGGCAUUCGAUCCCAAGAGGCCUUGUGGCCGUUGAGCAUCAGCACCGGAAUUGUCAAUGGGACUAUUUUCACUAUGUUGCCCAGCAUUCUAUCGUCAAUAUGGGGGUCCCAAGAUCAGGGCCGAAAUUUCGGUUUCAUAUCUUACAUGUGCUUCAUUGGCACCACAGCCUUUUCGUAUCUCUAUGCAUUCGUUGCAGACAGCCAUACACUACGAAACGACGGUUGCGGGGACUGCUUUGCUGGCAGUUUGUUUCUCUUCUAUACUGCUGAGAAGAUGGAACUUGAGAGUAUAGUUAUUGUAUGA